GGGGGGCUGGCCAAUAGCAGUGCGCUGAGAUGUUGCAGGUUGUACUCCAGCUCAUUCCAGGAGAGUGCUGGGUGGGGAGAGGAUCAGCUGUUUAGCGGCGCUUCCCAACUUGUACCAGUGUCACCCAAACUGGAUUUGUAUUUUCUCUCGUCCAGACUGUCACACUGGGAUCCAUACUGAGGGACAGGAACCUGAUGGAAGCUGUCAUAUCGAUUUUGGCCGCAUGAACAGGGUGAUCGAUCAGUUACCGUGAUGUGGAUAUUGUAACACCAGCUAUUCAGCCUGACCCUAUUCCUUGUGUUCAGCAUGGAGCUGAAGGUGUGGGUGGAUGGAGUGCAACGUGUGGUCUGUGGCGUGUCGGAGCAAACCUCCUGCCAGGAUGUUGUCAUUGCUUUGGCUCAAGCCAUAGGUCAAACUGGACGUUAUGUUCUCAUACAGACUCUUCGGGACAAAGAGAGGCAACUUUUGCCCCAUGAAAGGCCCCUGGAGUUCCUAUCUAAGAGUGGACAAUAUGCCAAUGAUGUGCAUUUUAUUUUGAGGCGCACAGGACCAAGCUUAGCUGAACGUCCAUCCUCUGAUACAGUCCCAGUGCCCCCUGAAAGGACUUUCGUCAGAUCGAGUUUGCCCCUAAAUACCCGAACAGCUGGCGCAGAGAUAAUAAAGUCAAAGGAGCCAAAAAAGUCACUGACAUUUAAUUUGGGGCCUAUAGGUUCCAGUGAUGCUUUCUCCAAGCACAGACAAAAGCAACAGAAUGGCACUAUUGUUAAAGAUGGUACCUCCCCCAGGCCCCCCAGCAAAGAGGAGAUAUUCAAGAUGGUGUUACGGCAGCAGGAACAGCUAAAGUCCCUAGAAAUGCAAAAUAAUUCUUUAGGCAAGGAUAUCCAGACAUGGGAAAGAGGCAGGGCUGGGAAGCCCAUGGAGGAAGAUGAAGAUGAAAUAGCUUACUUGGAAAGACUCAUUCAGUGUAACGAAGCUGAGCUUGGAGAGGAGAUGUUUUGGGAGGAUGAACUUCAAAGGGAAAGGGCAGAGGAGCAAGGGAGGCAGGAGAAAAUGAGAAGGCUUAGGGCUACAAUGGAGGAUUACACCAAGAAAAUACAGGAGCUCACUGAGCGGACUGAAGCCCUAGAGCUGGAGAUCAAAAAAGAGACUUCCAAGAGACUUGCAUCAGAGCCCAGUCUCACUGAGCUGGAGGAAAUGGUUAUCAAGAUGAGGAAAGAGUUGGAGGUCAAAAUUGGGCAUGGUCAUCAGCUGGAGAGCAACCUAUCCAACGUGGAAAGGGCUUGUGAGGAGGCCAAGAGAAACCUUCAGGCCAAAAAUCAGGAAAUGGAGGAUGUGAAUAAAGACCUCAGGCAGUGUAAUCUCCAACAAUUUAUCCUUCAGACAGGAUCUACAGUGACAAGCGCUCAGCUUCGGCCCGAUGAAGAUCCUCCUCCUACUGAGCCACACGAUGUACAGUGGCAAAGCAACCAGAGAAACAGAGGCCCCAUGGAUUCUCCUCCAAGACCGCCAUCCAAUCAUCUCAUUGGCCACCCCCGGAAUUUGCAGAACCCAAUGGUGUCUAGAUUGAGCCCUGAGGGUGUGUAUGUCUGAGGCCUCUGUACGGCUGCUGCCCCUUCCCUUCUUGGUGUGCUAUCAUCACGAGAGACGUCCUGGACUUAAAGAAUAAAGCAAUAUCCAGCGUAACCAAGAUCUCUCCCUCAUUUUACAGAAACAUAUAAACCAUGAACUAUAUAUAUAUAUAUAUAUAUGAGACCUUUCUGUAAUGCCAUUAUAUUAUAAAGGUGUAUAUAUUGUUUAUAUUUUUGUAUUAUAAAAUAUAUUAAUUAACUUUUAUGUAUAAAGGGAAUAUUCUCCAUGUACUAAAAGCUUUGCCAUUGGACUUCCCAGGCUAGUGCCUUGUCUAAUAAUUAAAAAAAAAAGAUAUAGUUUGUGAAGUUUUCCCACUGAGAGAUCCUGUGGAUUUGGAAUGAGAUCUGUCUAUAGAAGUGGAACAGGAUAAACCAGGCUGGCCCUGAAGAACAGCAGAGACGUACAGAUGGGCAUUAAUAAGAAGGCAGUGGGUUUUUAUUUGUGCUUCCUCCCCCAGAGUUGGAAAGGGAACAUUUUUAUAAAUUCCUUUGUACUUGUUUUUUUACUCAUGCAGUGCUUGACCUAUUUGGAGAAUAUUUAAAUAAAUGUAACAUUUUCUUCAA